CAAAAGUUAAAAAAAUGAGUGGAAAUACGAGUUCCGGUGGUCCCAAGGAUCGGGCCAAGCCGGUGGAGACUCUGGUUUUAGCCAAUUACGCUCUUAAAGCCGAACAGAAACGGGCCCAAGGACAAGGUGGGCGGAAAGAAGAUGAACGCAUCACGAGUGCUGUUAUGAAGGUUCUCGAAGGAUACGACUGGAAUCUUGUCCAGGCUUCGGCUAAGGCACCCACGGAUAGAAAAAAGGAGCACAUCAAGCGCCCCAUGAACGCCUUCAUGGUCUGGGCUCAGGCUGCCAGAAGGGUCAUGUCCAAGCAAUAUCCACAUCUUCAGAACUCAGAGCUAAGCAAAUCAUUGGGCAAGCUGUGGAAAAAUCUUAAGGACAGCGACAAGAAGCCCUUUAUGGAGUUUGCCGAAAAACUUCGAAUGACCCACAAGCAGGAGCAUCCUGACUACAAGUACCAGCCGAGGCGUAAAAAGGCCCGGGCAAUGCCACCGCAGCAGCAGACAAGAGGCGAGGCAGCGGGUAGUCCUACUCCGGAUUUAGUUUCCGCAACUGCGACCACAACUUCGCGGCAGAAAAGCUCCAAUUCGGCCACAACAAACGGCCUGAGGCGCGGUGGCAAGUCGACGGCACCCAGUCUGGGCAUCAUCUGCCCUACCAGCUCCAGCUCUAGCUCUAACGCCACCAGCGGCUCCGAUGUCUUCAGUAAUGAGGCCUUCAUGAAGUCCCUGAAUAGUGCCUGUGCGGCCAGCCUGAUGGAGCAGGGACUGAGCUUGGGCAGUGAGCCCGGCAUGGACUCGCCCUGUUCCACGACCAGCUCCCUGUCCUCGCUAACGCCGCCUGCCACACCGUACAGUGGGGCCUCCUCGAGCGCGAAAUCAGCUCCAGCCAUCAAUAACCCGAGUCUCCUGCUUAGGCAGCUUAGCGAUCCGGUUGCAAAUGCUGGCCACGAUUACGGAGUCUUGCUGGAGGCUGGACGAGAGUACGUGGCCCUGGGUGAGGUCAAUUACCAGGGAGGCGGGUCAGGCGGAGGCCAGGGGGGUCAGGAAAUGGAUUUCCUGGAGAACAUUAACGGUUAUGGCGGCGGAUAUGCCGGCGGUCGGGUGAAUUACCCGGGUUAUUCCUCCUAUACUGCAACUGGCGGCAACUUUGGACCGGAGUCGCAGCAGCAACCUCCACAGCAGCAGCAGCAGCAGGCGGCGUCACAGGCCAGUGGAGCCUUAAAUUACAAGCCAGCCACUGACAUCGAUCCCAAGGAAAUUGACCAGUAUCUCAUGGAUCAAAUGUUGCCCAUGACGCAUCACCACCACCUCCCCCAUCAUCAGCAACCGUCGCUGCACCACUCGCCGCCUUUGAACUCAUCCGCCUCCCUGUCCUCGGCCUGCUCCAGUGCCAGCUCCCAGCCGGUGGUGGAGUACGCUGCCUACUGCGACCACUUGGGUUAUCCCUCUGCCAAUCAAAACUCAAACUUUGGCCCCCAGCAGCCCUCCCCCUACAUUCCGCUGCCGCCCGUCUCCUUGGGGGUCCCCUCGCCGCAGGACCAUCAGCAGCAACAGCAGCAGCAGGAUAUGCAAUCCCAACAGCAGGACCAGCAACAGCAGCAUCAGAAUCCAUCGCAGCAUCAUCUGUGGGGCACUUACACUUAUGUCAAUCCCUAAGCUACUUAAUUUGCACAUUUGUUGGCCAGCACGGAGAGAAAAAAGGGGGCUCAUCUUGGCUAAAGUCAGGAUAUGUCCGAUAUGAUGAAGAUGUAACUUCA